AUGGCGCUAGUAGCGAUCCGGCCAUGUCAAACUUUGUUGUGAUUUAUCAGGAACAGGUUGUGUUGUUUUUUUGGUUAUAGAAGCGUCCAACAUCUUGUUUAUCAAAAUGUACUCAUCAUGGAAGCUAAGAGAACUCAAAGAAGAACUCAAUAAACGCGGGGCAAAAGUAACUGGAAAGAAAGCUGAUCUCGUAAAAAGGUUAGAAUUCUAUGACCAGAAUCUUCAGUGUGGCAAUCAAAGCCCUCAAAGUCCUCAACAUGGACAGAAUAUGGAUGUUCCAGCUGCAGAAACAUUUCGGGAUAUCAAUAGCUCAGUUGUUCUGCCCAAAAUCACGAAACAGCACAUACAAAGCUACUUUGACAGGUUCAAUAAAAAUAUUGGUGAUGCAAUAAAACUGUAUGAAUCAAGGUACCUGUAUGUUUUGAGGUCGAGUCAGCAAGGACAAGAUACAUUUUUGAAAGGUAUUUCAAUUGUAUUUAUUUAUGCUCAUCACAUUUAAUAUAAUAUAUCACUUAUCACACUGAAGCAGGCCAUGUUGUAACAGCUCCCACAUAAAACCAGUUAGCUCUCUCUGCACAAACUCUCCGAUUCAUCUUGAGCAAUCUGGUGUUUGUAUACUUUGUAUGUAUGAAUGUUAAUUAAGGCUUUAUACAACAGCUAAAACACCUUCAUUAUAAAUGAAAACAGUUUGGAUAUUGGUAUCAUACUUUCUUUUUUUAUAGGUUUUUGCAAGGCAUCUA